UUCUCAUUCACUACUAGCUCUCAUCACCAUCACCUUCACUCAUAUUCUUCCCCCAUCCAUUCCACUAGCCAAUUCAAGUAUGCCUGUUCCCUACUCAGAAGCCGCAUUCGCAUCUCCGCCCGCCUCGGUGAAAUGGUCACCCGCGCAGUCGUCCGAGCUUUAUCGGAUCGAUGGCUGGGGUGCUCCAUACCUAACAGUCAAUUCAUCCGGUAGUAUCUGUGUCCGUCCUCAUGGGACGGACACUGUUUCCCACCAGGAGAUCGACCUGCUCGAGGUCCUGAACAAGGUUUCGGAUCUCGGGUUGCCUCUCCCGGUGACCGUCCGAUUCCCGGACGUGCUGAAGAACCGUCUCGAGUCCCUACAAUCGGCUUUCGAUGCAGCCGUGCACUCCCAGGGGUACACGUCCCAUUACCAGGGAGUGUACCCCGUGAAGUGCAACCAGGAUAAGUUUGUGGUGGAUGACAUCGUCAAAUUCGGGUCGAAGUUCCGGUUCGGGCUCGAGUCCGGGUCCAAACCGGAACUUCUCCUCGCAAUGACCUCUCUUUGCAAGGGAAGUCCGGAGGCCUUCUUCAUAUGCAACGGGUACAAAGAUGAACAGUACAUUUCCCUUGCUCUGGUCGCAAGGAAGCUUCGAUUCAAUGCUGUGAUCGUUCUUGAAAAAGAGGAGGAGAUUGAUCUCGUGAUCCGAAUCAGCCGGAGAAUAUUCCGUCGACGGCGUUGCUCUCCGACGGCGUUUCUGAGGCCGCUCAUAUUUACUGCGAAUUAGUCCGUCUGGGCGCCUCCAUGAGAAUCAUCGACGUCGGGGGUGGGCUCGGAAUCGAUUACGACGGGUCAAAAUCAACCGAAUCAGACGUU